AUGGAUGAUGGGGUAGUCCUCAAAAAACGGGGCUACACCUUAGGUGUCAAUCUGGGGGAGGGGUCAUAUGCCAAAGUCAAGUCUGCCUACUCUGAUCGGCUGAAGACUAACGUGGCUGUUAAAAUUAUCGAUAGGAGGAAGGCUCCUGCUGAUUUCCUGGAGAAGUUUCUGCCCCGUGAGUUGGAAAUCUUGGCUUUGCUCAAUCACCGCUACAUCGUAAAAACAUUUGAGAUUUUUGAGACUUCAGAUGGAAAGGUUUACAUUAUUAUGGAAUUGGGUGUUCAGGGAGAUUUAUUGGAGUUCAUUAAAACAAGGGGGGCUUUACCUGAGGAGGUAUCACGUAAGAUGUUCCGUCAGUUGGCACUGGCCGUUAAGCACUGUCAUGAGCUAGGUGUAGUCCACCGAGAUUUAAAGUGCGAGAAUCUCCUUCUAGACAAGGACUUCAAUAUCAAGCUCUCAGACUUUGGUUUUGCCAAGCGAUGCAGUACAGAUGAUCAGGGACGACCCUUGCUCAGCAAAACUUUUUGUGGCUCUGCAGCAUAUGCAGCUCCUGAAGUCCUGCAAGGCAUUCCUUACCAGCCCAAAGUGUAUGAUGUUUGGAGCCUUGGGGUAAUCCUUUUCAUCAUGGUGUGUGGCUCGAUGCCAUACGAUGACUCCAACAUCAAAAGGAUGCUUAGGAUUCAGAAAGAGCACAGGGUGGAUUUUCCCCGUUCAAAGGUGGUUCCUGCAGACUGCAAGGAACUGAUCUAUCGCAUGCUCCACCCUGACACCAGCAAGCGGCUCACCAUUGAAGAGGUCCUGGAACAUCCUUGGCUCUUUACUGCCAAGAUGAAAGAAACGACUUCAACCAAAAAAGUAGAUCAAAGUGCUGAGAAGAGAGAGGAGAAGAGAGAGGAGAAGCAUGGCCAUACCAAGGACGAACGACAUGAAGGAAAAACAGAGCAGAAACGAGACGCAAAAUACCAGUGGGAAAUUGAAGCCGGCCAUGAAUGGGUAGACAUGAAACAUGAGGCAAAACAUGAGUGGAUGAACAUGAAACGGGACAAGGCAGAUGGCAAGCAUGAAGCUGAGCGUAAAGAGGAGGCCAGGAAUGAGGGGAAAUCCGAUUUCAAGAGUAGAACCUCACCUCAGGAAGCAAGGGACGCAAAGCACCAUUCAAAAGUACCAAGAUCUGAGCACAGGAGUAGCACCAAGACAGCUGGGAGAGCAGAGAAGUCUCCAGAUGCCAAAACCGAUCCUGAAACUGACAACAGACUGGAACCAAGAACAGAUACAAGGGGCAGCAGACGCAAAUCAAGAAGCCUUAGACUAGCUGACGAGGAUCAUCCUGAUGACAGCGAGGUCUAUCCUGAUCAGGAGAGCUUCAUCGAGGCACAGAGCAAGGCAGAGCUGAAAAAGGUUAGCUCCAGAAAAUCAAAAUCUAUUGAAAAACGGGGCAAACAUUCUAGCAAAUCUCGCACCUAG